GCGACUGUAGCACGAUGCUCCUUGUUCCGUUCCUUUCAAUAAAACGAGGGAAGGAGUUCACGGGCUCUGAGAUCAUAUCGUCAUGUUCUGCUCGUCCGUAUCUUUGUAACUUUUUGAUCUUCCAAACUCACUCUCCCAUCAGGCUUUCAGCCACAACAACCAUCACUUGCUUUCUCUUCUUCCACCAUAAUGACGCACGAGGAGGAGGAGGAAAAUCUCUCGGGAGAGAUAGAGAUGGAGAAGGGGAAUGAGAAGCAGGAGGCAGCCCCUGUCUCUGUAAUGCAGCUCCCAAAGUCCGCGUCCUUCUUAAACCCAGGAGAACCGCGAACAGAGGCUGACCGCUUCCAACAAGCUCUACUGGAACUGAAGGACCUGCGUUCUCAACUCCACCAGGCAGCAGAUUACUGCGAGAAUGCAUUUGUAAAAGCCGGGCAUGGGAAAAAGGGGAGAGUAUUGGAGAACACAAAGAGCUACAUUGGCGAUGCAAUUGUAGCUGUGGUCGAUCAUCUGGGGAAUGUUUCCUCCAAGCUCGAGCACCAACUCCAGGGCAACAUCGAGGUUAUGCAAACAGAGCAAAAGAUUGAUUGCUUAAAACAGAGGCUUCUCACAUGUCAACAAUAUGCUGUAAGUCUGAAGCUCUCUGCCAUGAGAUGGAGUACCGAGUUGCCACGGCAUCACAAGCAUUAUCUCUCACGAAUGGCUCGGCAUCCUGAAAAGUCCAGUGGUAUUUCCAGGCACGGAAAUGAGGCUGCUGAUAGAAAAGCAUCUGAGACACCAAGUAAGAAAGAUCAGUUGGCAUUGGCCAUUUGUCCUCCAGUCUCUAAUGCAGGUGAUAGUGUCAACCUUCCAAAUUUGGGUUCAGGAAUAACAUUCAGCACAGCUAUCCCAGUUCUUGAAGGCCCAUCUAUACUUUCAAAGUCAUCCAUUUCUUCAUUUGGUUCCUACACAGAUGAUGUUCGUCUUCUGCUUGGUGGGGAACAGAAGAAGAAGUCCAUGCAAGGGAUUAACUUCUUGUCAUUUCUCCGGAUGAGUAAAAGAAGGCAUACAAAAGGAUGGUGACAAUAUUUUUAAUCAAAAACAUAAAACUCUAGUUUGCGGACAUUUUCCUUUUUCUUUACGUACAGCUGAAACAUGUUUAUGAUAUGUGGUGCAGAAGUUUUGUAGAAUUUGGAUGCAUGUUCGACUCAACAAAAUGAAUGGUUCUAUUUUCUUUUC